AUGGGUGAGGUCAUCCAUGGGAAGAUCACAACCAAUUCAAUUCAAUCAUUAAAUUACAGUAACAUUAUUGUGGUGGGGAAUGAUGGGGAUUUGACGACUGUGAAUCAGAUAAUCAAUUUUAAUGAUAGUGUCUAUGCCAUGUUGCCAUCGUCUUCUUACGUUAAGGAUGCUGAUAUUGGUUUCUUGGCGAGUUCUCAAAAUAAUUUGCAGGAUGGUCAUGUUGUUAGUGUUGCGAAGGGCAACUUGCAGUUGGUGAUUAUUCAAUUGCUUCAUAAAAGAAGUUCUCCUUUUAGCGUUCUGGAGAAUUUCGAAAUAAGCUCCUUGCAGAAGGGGUUUUUUUUAUCUUCUUUGUCAGGGGUGAAAACUGAAGACUGUAGGACAUUGAAGAAGCUUGCAUUAUGUGAUUUCACAAAAUCAAAGUGGGUGGAACAAUAUAAUCUGCUCAAGGAUGUAAAAGGUAAAAGUAGUAAUGGAGGGUUAGUAGUUCCGGGAGGACCUAAUGCGAUUGUAUCUGGUAGUUCAACAAGUGUAAAGAGAUCACGUGACGGCCAAUUUCAAAAUUUUCCAGGUAUGCAAUCAAUGGAACCACUGAAAAAGUUAGAAACAAAGCUUAAGAGACACAAAGUAUUGGAACAGAGCAUUGAAAAUCAUUAUGUUUCUUUUCAAUCAAAGCAAAAGAGACAUCAAUUUGGGUUUGUGUUUCUAAGAUUUGGGUUUGUAUUUGUGUUGUCAGGCGAGGGUCUUGACAUUGGUUUGUGGGACUGUUGACAUUGGUUUGGGUCUCAACAUUUUCUUUUUUAUUUAUUUUUUGUUUAACCCGUUUGUCUUUCACGGGUCAUUAUUUUUGUUUUAUUUUAUUUUAUUUUUAUUUCUAUAACCCAAUUUAAAUUUUCAUUCAUAAUUCAUGGACUAUUUCUUCAUUUGUUAAAGACAUGGUGAAGAAAUUGAAAAGAAACAGAGUAAAGAAAGAGAGAG